AUGCGCUCCUCACUCAGCAAGUGUUUGCAGCACGCCGCCUUGCUGAGCUUCGUGCUUCCAGCCUUGGUGAAAGGCAAUCAAUUCUACGCCUUCUAUGCCGACAAACUCACCAGCGAUGGCAUCGAGUCCUACCAUGGAAUCUGGCCGACCGACACAUUUCCAGAUAUAACCGAUACCGGCGCGUGCAUAGCCCAAGACAGCAUCAUCGGUAACAUGGAAGAAGGUAUCUCGUACGGCUGCGAGGAGAUGGCAGCCUUCGAGAUGACCGUCGACUCCAGCUGGGUCAAUAAAUGUGGUCUGGAGGAUGGCGAUGUCCUGCACUUCACGCCGGACGUGUCUGGCGAGUGGUUGGAUGUUAAGAUCAACGACAAUGAACUGAUUAUGGCGGCGUGCUAUCCGCCGGAUACUUGCAAGGUCGGACAGCGGAGCGAUGAUAAUGUGUGGGAGACCGUUGACUGCCCUUACCCCGAGAACGACGAAGAGAACGUCGACUAUCUGAUUUACGCGCAGUGGAGGUGCGAGGAUGCUGGAGAUUGGAUAGACCCGAACAACGUGGACCCACCGAACACCUACUUCGGUAUUCAGUGCUGA